AGUUUUUAACACGAGUGACGAGUGGUAAUAUCCAUUUACUACGAUUUUCUAUUGUCUCGUUAUUCUGCUCUCCUAUAUUUUCUCAGGUUUUCUGUCUUUUGUGCAGUUGCAAAAUUACUAAAAUUAGCUAUGGAGACAUACGAAAGUAUAUUAUUGGUAAAGAACGAAGUAUUCGUUUUUAAAAUACCUCCGAGGACUACAAACAGAGGAUACAGAGCAGCAGACUGGAAUCUUUCCGAGCCAACCUGGACUGGGCGCAUGAGAAUCGUAAGUGUUGGAGAUGCAUGUACCUUAAAAUUGGAGGAUCGCAAUAACGGUGAACUUUUUGCCAAAUGUCCCAUUGACGCAUAUCCAGGUCUUGCUAUAGAAUCUGUGUCAGAUUCAUCACGGUACUUUGUAAUACGAAUUCAAGAUGAAAAUGGACGUGCUGCAUUUAUUGGCUUAGGUUUUGGUGAUCGUUCGGAUAGUUUUGAUUUAAAUGUCGCUUUACAAGAUCAUUUUAAAAGAAUUAAAGUGUGCGAAGAAAUUGCUAAAGAAAAAAAUGAACCAAAACAAGAACUAGAUUUAAAAUUCAAAGAAGGGGAAACGAUAAAAAUUAAUAUGAAAAUAACUAAAAAAGAUGGAAGUGAAGUAAACAGCAAACAGGCUGCCAAACCUCGUCCAACGUCUACAGGUGGUAUUGGUCUUUUACCUCCUCCACCCAGUUCAUCAGGUUCAAAAACUAUCCCAGCUCCACCUUCACAAACUUCAUCUCCGUCACAUCGACCUAUAAAUACUAACAAUUGGGGUGAAUUUGCUUCGGCCAAUAGCACAACUCAAUCGAGCGGCAACAGCUCUAAUCCUAAUUGGGUUCAAUUUUGAAUCGUAAUACGAGUCCAGGUUAAAAUAUAGAUUAUUAAUUAUCUAAUUAAUAUUAUUACAUCUACACUUAAUUUAUUUGUUAUAUCCAAAAAUAUUAAUUAUUACUUAUCAUUAUUGUUGUUUUUUAUUUGUACUUUAAUGUAUAGAACAAUUAAAUUAUUAAUUAUGAUCAUUAGCGUAACAUACUAAGAGUAAAAAAAAAAAAAAUAAUUCCUAUUAUACUAUAAAAUUAAUUGUUAUUAAAUUAAAUAUUGCAAUUAACUAUAUUACAGUGCUAUGUUACCUUUUUUUAUGAUAAAUUUUGUAGUACACGCUUAUAUUAAUU